AUGUCUGACACUGAGUCCUUUAUACAGGGCGACAUUUUUGCGGAGCCUGAGGGCUACUUUCAGGCAGAGCCUGAGGCGCAUUUUGCAGAGUACGUGCGGGAGCAGGUUCCCUCAGCGUCAAAGUCGCAGAAAAAAGAGGUAAGAUUGAGGCUGGUGGGGUCCUCCCCUCUUUGGGGCCACUUGCUGUGGAACGCAGGCAUUUAUACUGCCAACCAUUUGGACAAGUUCCCAGACCUCGUUAAGGACCGCUGCGUACUAGAACUGGGUGCGGCAGGCGCUCUGCCGUCCGUGGUGGCUGGGAUGAUCGGCGCCAAGAAGUGCGUUGUCACAGACUACCCCGAUGCAGAUCUUUUACAAAAUAUACAGUACAACGUGGACCACGAAGUUUUUGAUGGUGAGGCUCUGCCUUCCGACGGAGCCGGCGCCUCGGAAAGAAACGUAGUGGUUGAAGGGUACAUUUGGGGCAACGACUAUGCGCCACUUGUGUCGCAUUUACCUUGUGGUACAACCAAAUUUGAUCUAGUUAUUCUAAGUGACCUGGUGUUCAAUCACACCGAGCACCUCAAACUUCUACAAACAACCAAAGACCUGCUUGCGCAGGAUGGGAAAGCUCUCGUGGUAUUCUCUCCUCAUAGACCUUGGCUUUUGAAUGAUGACUUGCAGUUUUUUGAGACUGCAAAGGACUUUGCGCUGGUCCCUGAAAAGAUCGAAAUGGUAAAUUGGAAGCCUAUGUUCGAAGAAGAUGAAGAGACUAGCGAAAUAAGAUCUCGCGUGUAUGCCUACUACUUGACACAUGCCUGA